AUGAACAAGAAUUCACCAUCACCAAGUUCACCAACCCCUGUGAUAUUGGUGCUAGUCACAAACAAAUAGGGUAAAGUAUUAGAGCAUAGCUAAUUCUUUAGAACAUUCUCAGUUUUUGGGCAAGUUAAAAAGGUACUUCUUUAUUUGAUUUGUGUUUAGAUUCUUAUAUUCGAAAGAAAAAUCAUUUGGAAAGUGUUCAUUGAGUAUGAGAAUGCUUAAUAAGCCUAAGCUGCCUUAGUUUUAGAUGGGACUCUCUUUGAUUACUAAUUAAAAAUGAGAGUACACCUCAGCCAACGUGAUUCUCUCGUGUUUUAGAAUAAUAACAAUUGCGGUGUUGGUAAAAUUUUCUAUUUCUAUCAUAUAGAUUACACUACUCUUUAAUCAAAGCAGCAAUUUUUCUAACAGUUAAAAGAAGACUCAGGCUCUCUUAAUCUAUAAUUACAGUAGAAUCUUGACAUGCUUAAUUAGCUUAUUGCCCAACUAAGCAAAACGGCAGAUUUAAAAGAAUAAAUAUCCAUAAUCCAACAGAUCUAAGAGUAUCGUAAUUAAACUUAAUAAUUGACUGUUCUUUACUAGUAAUAAUUACGCAAUUAUGCAUCCGUUUUACAAAGAGAGGGAAAGAAAUAAAAAUAAAUUGUAUCCACCGUAACCACUCCAUCACCCUCCCCUUUUUUACACUCUACUUUGGAUUCCAUCAGGUAACAGAUUCCAGAGGAGUCUUCAGAAGAUGAUAAGGAGGAGUUUUCUGAUGGAGAGAGUAUCUCAUCCCAAUCUUCAGAAAAAUCUUAGAAAUCUACUCAUUCCGAAGACAAUUAUAAUGAAGUCUUUUGCAAUGACUCCACAAAUCCUUUUUCUUGUGGUGCCAGUCCUUUUACUCCUUAUCCCCAAAAGAAAAUAAGCAGUCCCUUUAUAAUGACUCCAACUACCUUCCCAACCUAUUUGAUAGUUCAGCAUUCCAACAUUAAUCUUCGAGUGGUGUAUAACAUCUUUAGUACAUUCACGAGAGUAGAUGCAAUGUAUCAAAGUCAUUAUGGAGCUUUUCUUCAAGUACCUUCUAAAGAAGAAGCAAAUCGAAUGAAAAAUCUACUUGGCAAAGCCAUACUUUUUGGAAUGCCUAUGAAUCUUAUGGUUUCUGAUUAACUUUCUCAUGAUGCUCGCUCAGUUAGUUUACCUCCUAAUGAAAGAAAACCGGUUCUUUAAUAAUAACUAUCAAACUCAAUCUUGAUCACCGGAUUAAGUGGGGUAACUAUAGAGCAAAUAUAUCAAUAUUUCGGGUGUAUAACUCCCAUCUUAAAUAUGAAGUAUCUUAUAUUAAUAUAAUAUAGAUUCAUCAAUCAGAGCUCUUGCAAAAUACUGUAUUCAGACAUAGGAUGCAGUCUAAGUGUCUUAGGAUAUAUCUAAGAUGCCAAGAUUAAUGGAAGGUAUCAUAAUAUAUCAUAUAUUUUAGAUCUGUGUAACUUUCAUUCACAGCUUUCUGA